AGGUAGGGCUCGCGGCAAGAUGACCCUCCGGCAUCCUUCAGUCCAUCCGCAGCGUUUACAGGUGCGUGUCUCCUGCCCUUAUCGUUCAUAAAUCUGUUUCGCGAUCGCGCCCGACGCCGACGUCUCUCCGUUCGUGUUCCGAUAAACCGCGAGCGUCGUGCGUUCGUCUCAUUAACCCCUGGUGACGCGCCGCACCAUUGAAAAUUCCCUUUCCCUGUUCUCACUCUGUUAACGCAUUUAGCCGUAAACCGUUAACAAGCUGCUGUCUGAUCAAUUAGAAAGUUUACAAUCUCGGACAAGUGUCUGUCGCUUCCUCCGAAGGAAGAGACUCUCGAAAGAGGGAGCCUACCCUCAUUUCGGUCCCGCAUCGCGGAUCAUGUCGUAGGGCGUUCGCGUUCGCCGGUCGACCGUGAGCCCGAGUGCCUCGUGAAAUGACGUCUGUUAAUACGAUUGCCCGGUCGAUCGAGAUCGGACUCCGAGUCGCCGGCGUCUGGCCAGGCGCGGCCUACGCGCUUAUCAGUCGACUUCUCUGGACCGCGACGAUGAUAGCCGCGCAGAUCUUUCAAUAUCGCCACAUGGCGUUGCACCUUAAUUCCGAGGACAUCUCGCAGCUGAUGGACGGUCUGAGCGCAACGCUGUCAUACAGUUUGUUGUGUGUCAAGUUGAUUGUUUUCUGGACGAAGCAACGAGUAUUUAACGACGUGUUAGCGAGCAUCGCGACGGACUGGGAGGAAUGCGGGGACGCCCUGUACGGCAUGAGUAGCGUGGCCAAUCUGUCGCAGCGUUUCUCCAAUUUGAUCAUCGGCCUGCACUCGACGGCCGUGCUGUUCUACGGCAUCGGCGUCGUCGCCCUGCGCGGCGACGGCGUCGCCGAUCGUGAACUUUUUCUCAAGAUGGAGCUACCCUUCGAGAGCGGCACGUCGCCAAUUUACGAGAUCGUCAUGACCACGCAGUUCCUGCAUCAGAUGACGGCCGCCACCGUGAUCGGCGUGCUCAGCGCACUACUCGUUACGUUGGUGCUUCAUGCGGGCGGUCAGAUGGAUAUUUUACGGGAAAGAUUAUUGGAAAUUUUACCAAAAAAGAAGAAACCAACCAUCUCCGUAAUCACGAUAGGCUCGUUAAUUCGAAGGCAUCAAAACAUCAUCGUUUUCACCGAAAAAAUCGAGAGCCUGUACUCUUACAUCGCGCUGGCCCAAUUCAUUUCGAACACCAUUGUUAUUUGCUGUUUAGGCUUUAUCAUCGUGAAUUCGAUCGGCACCGAUCAAGGCUCGUCUAUGUUGGUGAGAUCCCUUUUGUUCUAUCUCGUCAUUAAUUUGGAAGCGUUCAUUUUCUGUUUUGCCGGCGAGUAUCUAAGCAUGAAGAGCAAGACGAUCGGCGACGCGGCGUACGAGUCUCUGUGGUACGAUUUGACCCCGAGCGAGAAUCGAAUCCUGCUAUUCCUGAUAAUGAGGUCGCAAAAACAAUUGACGAUUACCGUCGGCAGAUUCAUGAACCUCUCUUUGCAGCAGUUUGCGAACAUAAUUAAAUCGUCAGCGUCAUACGUCUCUGUGCUACAUGCAUUGUAACGAUAUACAUUAAAGCGACUAUAACUAUUAAUAUCGAAUAGUGAUACCGCUGGAAAUUAAGCAUAACGGAAGAUUACUCUAUUUUUAAUAAAAGCCAAUGAUCAGC